UUUUGGGAUACAGAUCCUGCGCCCCACAAGACAGCAGCUGGUUGUCUCACGCAGUCAAAACUCCCGUGGAAGUCGGUGGGAAACUUUCUGCAUACAAACUAGUCUAUCAGAAUCACUUCUAAGUCCCUCGCUGCCCAGCAGCCGCUUACUUCAAAUGGCUGAGAAGGCGACUAGAGGCACUCAGGAUGUCCCCAGCUCAUCCCCUGAUGAAAAUGAAUUCCCUUUCGGCUAUCCCACCAGCAUCUCUGAGGAUGUGCCUGAUGCCAAGUACCUGUGCAGCAACUGCAAUAACAUCUUAAAGAAAGCCAUGCAGACACUGUGUGGGCAUAGAUACUGCUUGGCUUGUCUGUCCUGGAUCGUACGAAACAACAAAAAUCCAGUUUGCCAGAAAUGCAAGGAGGAAGAUCCUGGAACGCUAAAUGAGGGAAGCGUAUUAGCAGAAGAAAGGGCUUUCAGUGAUGCUGCCAUUAAUAAAGAGAUUUCUGAACUUAAAGUGCACUGUGGGACCCCUGGAUGCAACUGGUCUGGUAUCAUGAAAAAUUUUGAAGAGCAUCAGAGCCUUUGUGAGUACGCUUUAAUUCCAUGCCAUACCGGUUGUGGACAAAUGGUGAUGAGAAAGAAACUUGCGGAUCACUUGGAGAACGGAUGUGUUAAUAACAUGACCACAUGCCAGAAAUGCAAACAGAUGCUCUCCAGCAAUGAAUACCAAAAGCAUACGUGCACAGGAAAUUCAGUUAAGGAGCAAAAACGGACGCACCCAGAUGCAUCGUCAAAGGAAAAGCAGAACCGUUCGGCACCUUUCAACAGUAAGGAUGGAUGUCGUUUCUCUGAGGUCGGCUGCUCGUUUAGGGGGGGCAAAGAGAAGACAAAAGAGCAUGAGAAGACCUCAGUAGGAGCCCACUUGCUGCUGCUGCUGCAGCAUAUAAAGCAACUGAGGGCCUGCUUGUGCCCAGGUAGGGCUGCAAAUGGCCUCGUCCCAUGUUUAGCUUCAGCAGAGUCUAAAGUGAAGUCUUUGGAAAGAAAGGUCUCUGACCUGCAGGUCCCAGGGGCCUCGGAGAUCAAUGGAGAUCUGGAAGUAGACUGCUUCCCCCUCUCUUCUCUCGUCGAAGAAGAAUCAACUCUGCAAAGGCUUGUCAAGGAGAAAAUGAUCUCCGAACUGGAAAGCAAGCUGCAGGUCUUUGAGAACAUUGUAGCAGUGCUCAACAAGGAGGUGGAAACCUCUCACCUCGAGAUCGCAGCCUUUCGGAGACAGAGCGAACUGGAUCAAAAUAUGAUACGAAACCUUGAACUGAAGAUUGCAGAGUUGCACCGAUGUCUGACCCAGAAGGACGCGGGUCUGAGCAGGCUUCAUAAGAGUCUCCAGUGCUCUGAGCAAGCCUCCUAUGAUGGAGUCUUUUUAUGGAAGAUCAUGGAUGUCAGCAGGAAGUUACAGGACUCUGUGACUGGAAGGACAAUCAGUUUAUACUCCCCAGCUUUCUACACUGGAAAAUAUGGCUACAAAGUCUGCCUGAGGAUUUAUCUGAAUGGCGAUGGUACAGGAAAAGGAACACACGUGUCCUUGUUCUUCGUUGUCAUGAAAGGGGACUAUGAUGCUCUGCUUCCAUGGCCUUUCAAACACAAGGUCACGUUUAUGUUGCUCGACCAAAACAACAGAGAGCAUGUUAUUGAUGUUUUCCGUCCAGACCUGAAUUCUGCUUCAUUUCAGAGGCCAGUGAGCGACAUGAAUAUUGCAAGUGGCUGCCCUACAUUUCUUCCUUUGGCUAAACUACAGUCACCUAAAUAUGCUUAUGUCAAAGAAGACACCAUUUUCCUUAAAUGCAUUAUAGAAACAAAUUCAUAGGCCCUGAAAUCGGGGUACUUAUUAGUAUGCCCCAUCAGAGUCUGUUUAAGGACAGCAUCCAGCUUAAGUCCAAAACCCAGAGAACUGGAUCCUGCGCUCCAUAGAGGUCACCUGCAUCAGCUGAGGAUCUGUCCAUUCACAUUGUCUAGUGCUGCCAAUGCAAGUUGUCCUGGAGCAUCUUUUUGCAGGUGACCAAAAUGACUCAAACCAAACUGGUGUUGGCAAUGAAUUCCAGACCAAGAUCCCAGUCAGCCCCUGCACAAGGAAAUGUGGACAGACCGUCCAGCUUCUAACUAGAAGGAGGGUGCUGGAGACAUACCAACCUGCAAGGACCAGGGCUCUCGCAUAGGCUUUGGUCUGGCUGAGGGUGCAGAGCAGUUUCUCUGCUUCCCCCCGUCCCACGCAAAGACCCCUGCGGUUCUGAUUGCCCAGCUGGACUUCUCCAUUGUUCAUUUUCUGGUAUCCUCGAAAGCUGUGAGUUGCGGCCAACCAUUCGAAGCUUAUAUUCCUUAAUGUUGGAUGCUUUGAUUGUUGUUAUUUAUUUCAUACCUGUAUUUAUAUGCACUGUGUCCUGUGGGACUUUGAGUGUGUCUUGUGAAUGCACCUUGGCUUUUCCUAAAGGGGGUAGCUUGCUUCUCAUUCGGAAGUGGGCACCUCCUGUGUUACCCACCUUCCCCAUUACGUUUGCAGUCCCCCCAAGGAUCCCAGGGCCACCUGUUCAAGUGCCAGCUAAAUGACACCUGUAGCUUCUUGUACAGUUUUCAGUCAUUUCCUGAAACACCUCAGACAACAUUUGUUCUGUCUUUUUUUUUUUUAAUUAUUAUCCGUCUAAUGUCCUCUGACAGGGUGGCCUUUGUCUGGGUCAUGAUCGUCUUAAAAUGUUGAACAGGGAAGAACCAUUGCAGCAUCUAUGGCAUUUAUUUUUGCCCGUAAAGGUAAAGAAUGAAUACAAAAUUAUUUUGCAAAGCAGCUAAGGCUGGGAGCUGUCAUCUGGAUGUGGUCAGGGUUCAAAUACCAGCCUUUACCCCAAAAGAAAGCUGCAAGCAUGCUUUUUUGUCUCCAGUCCAUUCUUUCAUCCUCUCAGCUUCCCCUGGCUCCUUCCCCAUGGGAGCACCAAAAAAAUUGGACCCAGCGUGCUGCAAUCAUUGAUUAAAUCAUCAGUUGUGAUCCUGAUUGUCGUGGGGUCACAUAUCCUGUCCCAGUUACAGUUACUCCCUGACAAAAGCAAACUGGCAAUGAAACUCUGAAGGACAGAGUGAGAGAACAAGAAGCAAGAAGAAUAGUUAGCAUGGCAGGAACAGGACAGGCAGUAAUGGCUUAAAACUGAUUCUGUGCGAGACGAGAGAGCCUGCAAAUUGGCAGUAGGUCACAGAAGGAUGAAACAGAUCUGCGCGGUUGUUGCAAUGCUCCAGAUUGAAACGGUAACUCCUGAUCCAUUUAGAUGACUUGAAAAGCCUGGUGCUGCCAUGAGGGAACCUCCUCACUCCAUUUGAAUUCCCAUAACAUCUGACUACGAGGAUUAACCAUUCACUGCAUGGGUUAGAGUAGGUGUUGGGGAAGUCUUUCACUUCCCCCUCUCUCAAAGGCAGUUGGAUCGAGAAAUGUGAAGGGGAAGCCUGGAAUCGUAAUGUAUCCCAACAACCUGUCAUUGCACCCGAAGUCUUUGAAGUAUGUUUGGGGAGAAACAUCAAACCCUAUGCUCAGGGGUUACUGAUAUCAUUUGGUGAGUGCUUGGGCAGAGCAGGAGACUAGAUCUUACCCAAAGAUCUUCUCUUGUGUUGGCAUCUGCACCACUUCCAUGAACUUUUCAAGACGAUGAAGGAAUCCCAACGUAAUUAUUGCAAUGUAAUAAGCCACGAUGGAUAUGGGAGAUGAUGUUUCCAGUACUAAUGAAGGGGAGGAAGAUGAAGUGGCCUUUUGGAUGCUAGGGAGAAAAAUAGGUCUUUUUUGUAGAGAAGAAGAGAACUAAGAAAGCACACUGGGAUAAGCGCAUUAGAAAACACUGGUGUAUUUUGUUAGGAAAUCUGUUUGCAUCCUCCACUUCUCAGUGACAAGCUGCACAGUUGUGAGCAGCACCUCUGCAUUUAUCACGCAUUCAUUGGUGAGUCUAAUGGCAAGUGAGCAUGAUGAAUAAAUUGCAGUUAGCCCAUCAACAGUCCUUCAGUGCUUCGCUCCAAAAUUCAUAGCGCUAGGCUAACGGCUUGCAACUUGUAAGGUGCCAUUGCGUUGGGGUUACCCGUGGCUGUGCGACAGAUUCAGUAUGUACCUGGUCAGCGGGUUAGAUCAUCAGGGUCCCUGUUAGGUACCAGGUACUGAUGGGGAGUGUGACAUGAAUGCUGCUCCCUUGUUCUGUGAAUUAAUUGUACAGGGAAGGUCACUCUCAGCAAAUUACAGGCUUUCCGGAUUUGAAGUAAAAGAUGAAAGAUGUUCUGGAGCUCUUGUGGAAUGGCCUUUUUUACUUCCAAUAAACCAACGACCCUGGUUUUAUACAUGGGACCAACUGAAACAGCGUAAAAAGAAAAAUAGAUUGUGAAAUAAUGUCUGGAGAUGAGCAGUGCCUAAAAAACAUGCCAGAAAUGUUCUAAUUUUCUCUGUAGCUUCCUGAAGAAAAUUUGAGCCAUUUAAUUCUAAGGAUGGAUUUUAAAAUCCACGCUUUAACUCUUCACAGCAAAUAGGUAUCAAAUCAGCCAUAUAUGAAAUUAUCAAAAUAUGGAAAACGAUACAGGCAGAGUAAUUGGCCUGCAACAAGUAGGUGUGUGUGUAUCCAAAAAAAAAGGGGGGGGCAAGUGGGGAGGAGGCAGGGGGAAAGACAGAGUCUGUACUGUAGCCCCCAGUGUUGCAGUGAGAUUAGUUUGCUGGAUCAGAGCCAAAAAAGUGAACCGGUUUUAUAACAUUGGCUUAUUGAUUUUACUCAAUGACAGCUUUUUCAUGCCGAAGUAUCUUUCCGUGCAGUGCUGGAAAUCCAAACACCACCAUAUUGUGCCCAGCACAUGAGAAGCAGAAGGUGAAACUGCUAGUCUGCCUUGAUUUUUUUGCAAACUAAGUGAAAUGCAAACUGAAGGCAAAUCCAGCAGAACUGGUGGGAAGCCAUCCACUAUUAAUAACCUGAAGUGCUAUUGCUUACAAAGGAGCAGAUUUCUCAAAUCUUAUUUUUAUCUUGAUAGUGUCCUUUUAAGUAAUUGGUUGUAGCAAAAUAUCAAAUUUCUAAAAACAGUGUAAACAGAUAGCUACCUACCUAAGCUUGUUCAGGAAAGAACUGGGUGUUCUUUACCAUGCCUCUCUCUUUAUCUGUCUUCUUCCAGACUUAAUAUUUUGCAGGCAUGUUCAAAUGUUCUUUUAGGGGCAGCAAAGUAUUGUUCCAGUAAUAUGUCAGUCUGUACGGCCAUCGUGAAAUAAUAUGUUUAAAUAAUUGCUUUUUACAGCUGUUGUUUUGGCAAGCAAAGUAUUUAUUGCAGUCAUUCGUAUUCUCUUACCAUUUAUUUAUUUCUUAAAUAAAGCUAAA